CAUGUUCGGGCAUAACAUCCUGUUAAGGGAACGCAGCUCGAUAGCAUGUAUUAUACUGACAUACAACCUUACCGCCUACAUACGCAAUUAAAUUGAUCUCGUGCAUUAACACGACUACAUUAAAGAGAACGCUAAAUUAAGAUGAAUCCGCACGCAUCACAGGGGACGGAUGAUCUUGUGUGGGGUAAUAUAAGUGACGCGGAACUGCUGGACGUUCAGUCAGAGCACCUACUCACAGAGCCUAAAUCGGUCCUUCCCGGCCCAGACUCGCGUGAUGGUGAAGUCUCUGAGCAGCGGCAUGUUGCCAGUGAGAGAGCCAUGGGGACAGGUCUUGCGGUACCAGCUACGGCGAAAGAAAACCGAUCAUGUCAGACUCCGAAGAGGAAGCGGGAUCCAGCCUCUCCCAUGGAGCGCUUCUACCGCCGGUCCUUGAAUGUGACGAUGCUGUGCAAGCAGACAUGGUGUGAGAUGCAAGCGGUCUAUGCUCUGGAGCUGCCCCUUGUUGCGAAAAGAGAAGUGGAGCGUGCGGAGGUGAAGGCUGGGGCGAGUGUUCACCUAGCCAGAGAGUUGGAGGUCCAUGAAGUGGUCCCUGUUCGGGCCGUGACCAGGGAGGAUCGACAGGCCAUCAAUCUCCUUAAUCUGCUGGGCAUGAUUCCGGUCCUGCAGGCAGGGGGUCUCGUGCGUGAGCUACCCGUGUUCGGUGUGCUGGAGGGGGUCUUCAUGGUGGGUGUCAUUGAUGAACUGCGCUACAGUGACAAGGGAGAGCUGGUGCUGAAUGAGCUGAAGACCCGGAGGCACAGCUCGCUUCCCGGGGAGGCCCAGGCCAAGGGCCACCGGCUGCAGGUGGGCCUCUACAAGCUCCUGUUCGACGGCCUGGUCCGCGGCUUUCUGACCAGGGACGUCUUCGUGGAGCACCUCCGGCUGCGUCUGGAGCAGCCGCUGGGGGCUGCGGUGCUGGAGCACGCAGGGAAGUUGGGCUUCCAGCUGGCCACUUUGGGAGACCUCCUCGACAUACUCCUGCUCAACCUCCGCUACUGCGAGCUGCCGAGGAUCGACGUUCUACGCCUGGAGUACCGGCAUCAGGACUCCGGCCAGGCCUUGGGGUGUCAGGACGUCCCAUUCGACGAGGACCUGCUGAGGGCGGAGAUCCGCAAUCUCCUGUCGUAUUGGACCGGCCGGCGGGAGCCGAGGGGAGUGGACAUUGAGGAGUCGUGGAGGUGCGGGAUGUGCGCGUACGAGAAACACUGCGAGUGGAGAAGAGAGCAACUACAAGGUUCUGUAACGCCGCACACAGACAAGAAGCCCAAGUGAGGCGUCCAGGGACCCACCCUCACACUCCUUUACUUUUCUCUGAUAUGAUUUUAUGUGAGGGGCGGCAUGGUGGUGCAGUAGUUAGCACUGUUGCCUCACACCUCUGGGAUCCGGGUUCGAGUCUCCGCCUGGGUUACAUGUGUGUGGAGCUUGCAUGUUCUCCCCAUGUCGUCGUGGGGUUUCCUCCGGGUACUCCGUUUUCCCCCCACCGUCCAAAAACAUGCUGAGGCUAAUUAGAGUUACUAAAUUGCCUGUAGGUGUGAGUGACUGGUGUAUAAGUCUGCCCUGUGAUGGGCUGGCCCCCUGUCCUGGGUUGUUCCCUGCCUCGUGCCCAUUGCUUCCGGGAUAGGCUCUGGACCCCCGUGACCCAGUAGGAUAAGCGGUUUGGAAAAUGGAUGGAUUUUAUGUGAUGCAGAUCUGCAGGUCAGUGCUGAGCCUGGCAUCUAGUGUGCUGGGUGUACUUACUUAGGAUUCAUUAAUACACCUCUUAAUACACGUCUUCUAACCACUAAUCCUGGUCAGGGUUAUAGGCGGCAUUUUUAUAUAUGUAUUUUAUAAUACUUUAUAACACUUUAUAAAUGUUACAUGCAUGACCUGUGUGACAUGAGCAGAGAGGAGUCCACAGUGCCAGCAGCAGAUUUGAAUCUGACUGGUACAGCUUGUAAUAUUGAAAUGUUUUUUUUUUUGUUUGAGAUAUAUGUAACUUUUUUUUGAUACAUUUGUUUUAAAUGUUAUGGUUUAUUUUUUUUUUUUAAAUAUCAACUUUUGUGUGAACCAUGUAUUAAUACAGUGACACAUUCAAGGAUUUAAGCAAAUUUAAAGUUCACUUUGUUACAAAAAAUGUCUGCCAAAAUGUGCACCAAUGUAAUGUGAUUAUGUAGCCAGCAGAGGGGGCUGCAGCUUUAAGCAGUUGACUAAUAGUUAGCAGUUGGAUUUCCAUAAGGGGGUAUUGUGCUGUAACGUUUAACCCCUUUCCUGCCAAAUAAUUGCUAUAAUGUCAAGUA